CCUCACUCUCGUGAAUGAAUUUCGGGGAAUUUUCAGGUGAAAAAUGGAGUAAAUAGAAACACGUCUGAACGUGUUCAGACGUUCGGGUCGAUUGUUGUGAGUUAUUGUUUCGGGGAAUUAUGAGGAGCGAGUGACAGCGGAAAGUUUCGAGAGUGCGUGAGGACGGAAAGGUGGCUGGAGUUGUCGUUGGAGGACCACAUCCUAAGAAGUGAAAUUGACGUCCAAGAAAUCGUUAUUUUUCCCAAAAGUGAAGCCAACGAAAAGAAAAGCCCACGUAAUGGAGAAGAACCUAAACGAGAUGGAGAUAGCUCCAGUGAUAAUCGAAGAACUGGAAGAGGAUCAGGUGAUGGAUAUGGAUGAAUUCGUGGAGGCGAGUGCUCUUGAGAUCCACGAGGUCGAGAAUAUGGUAGACGUUCCAGCAGCUGCUGUUGAAAUGACCCACGCAGAGAUCGAUCUGGAAUUGUCUGAAGGUGAAGAAGAAGUGGACAGUGUUUUAACGCUUGAAGAAGAGGAUAAUCUCACUAAACAGUUCUUGAACGGGGAGUUGACGUUCUCCGAGUAUUCAUCGAGAAUGGAUCCAGGAAUUGAUUUAGAUCCUGACGGAGCGGAACCUGGAACCUCCAGAGAUGAAGACGCUGGAGCAUACGGCAAAGUGACAAAGGAGCCGGAGCUUCGAGAAGAGCCGAAGAAGCGGAGAAACAGGAAGAAGAAGCGGAAUCUUCCUCUGGCUCUUCAGGGUCUGAUGGGCGAGGCUAAUCUGAGAUAUGCAAGAGGGGAUACGGAGUUGGCUAUCAAAAUGUGUAUGGAGAUCAUAAGACAAGUCCCCAGCGCCCCAGAGCCCUUCCACACCCUAGCAAUGAUCUACGAGACCGACGACCCAGAGAAAGCACUUCAAUUCUCCCUGAUCGCUGCCCAUCUCUCCCCGAAGGACGCCGAGCAGUGGACGCGCCUGGCCAAUCUCUCCAUGGACUCCGGCAACAUAAAGCAAGCUGUCACAUGUCUGACGAAAGCCAUCCAGGCGAAUCCCAAGGACGUCAAACUCUACGAGGCUCGAGCGCGCCUGCAGGAGCACUUUGGCGAGAAGAAGGCCCUCCUCAGGGGCUACCUCAAGAUGAUCCACCAGUUGGGCCCUGAGGACGGCGAUGACCUCCUCAUCUACGGCAAAAUGCUGACCCAACGCUUCAUCCAGGACUCGAGUUACGAUCAGGCGCUUGACGCCAUGGACCAGAUCUUCACUAAAUGCCCGAAACUAGUCACUCUGGAGGAGGUCAACAUCAUGACUGAGCUCCUAAUAACCAUGAAGAAGUUCGACAAGUGCCUGAAUAUCUUGACAGAGUACACAACUCUCUUCGUGAAGUACCAGGACGACUCUCGAAGGAUAAUCCAAGUCUGCGGAAUUCCUGAUGGCGUUGUGGUAGACCUGAAAGCCAAAUUUCUAGUGACACUCAUAGAACUCGGUCACAUCGACAAGGCAGAGCCACUCUUCCCAAAGCUCCUGGAGGAGGAGGACCCAGAGGUCUCGGGGGAUCUGUUCCUGGACAUUGCCGAGGCCCUCAUGGCCAAGAAGGAUUACCAGAGGAGUUUGAAGUUCCUCGAGCCCUUGGUCAACUCGAAAAACUACAGUUUGGCUGCUGUCUGGCUGCGCUACGCCGAGUCUUGCGCUGGCUGCAGGUACCUCAAGAGGGCUCUCCUGGCUUACGAAAUAGUGGCGAAACUCUCACCUCAACAUAUGGAGGCUAAACUUCAGCUGUCAACUCUGUACAAGAUCUUUGGACUUCACGAGCGUGCCAUUGACGUCCUACAGCAAGACCCCAGCAAUGAUGUACUUGAUCCGGAUGUGUUGUAUCGAAGAACAGUUCUUCUUCUGAAGACCAAUAAGCUCGAUGAGUUCCUCAAGUCGGGGCUUCUGUUGCUCUCACGUCACUCUGUUACGCUCAGGAACAAGGGGGAGAUGGUGUCGUUGACGAGACCCAGAGUCUACCAACGCCUUGAGAAUUUACAUCUUCAGAGGCUGUCUCAUGGACAGGCAUUGACUGAUGAGAAUGGCCCUACUUUUCUCAAGAAUGAUAGACCCAAUGUGGAGGACGAGUUCAAUCUGUUCUUGAGGAUGUGCAGGGUCGCUUGCGAGAUGAAAAAGUUUGGGAUUCUUCAGAGGAUCUGCUUCACUGCUCUGACGUCUAAGAGAUUUGAGCCGAAAACUCCUCACAUCAUAUUCUUGGCUCUGCUCAGUUGUAUUUAUAAUAAUGAUUCGUAUUAUGGGUACAACUUGGCGAGGGAUCUUGUCAGGGAUCGCAAGAAGGAGACAUUGUGGAAUCUGCUGAAUAUUGUGAUACAACGGGCUGACGACUCCAGGCAUAAUCGGUUUAUUAUGAGGCUACUGGGGAGGGAGGAUGUCUUCAGUUAUAUUCAUGUCCUUCAUGCCAACAAUUGUCUGGUUUCUGGGACGUAUAAGUACGCUCUCAAUGAUUAUAUGUCGUUGUUCAAGGUGGGACCCAGUGCCUUGCUGGCUCUUCUCAUUGGGGUGACGUUCUUGCAGAUGAGCUCGCAGAAGUUCUCGGGGAAAAAGCACAGGCUGGCGACGCAGGCCAUGGCUUUCUUCAAGAAGUACAGGGACAUGAGGGGAAGGGACAUGAGGCAGGAGUCGAAUUAUAAUAUUGCGAGGGCAAUGCAUCAGCUCGGGUUGAUGACCAAUGCUGUGCAGUUUUAUAAGUUGGUGCUGGAGGAGGAGAGGUCGGAAUUGGUGAGGGCGAGGGAGUGCCUGGAUUUGAAGAGGGAGGCUGCCUUUAAUCUGCAUUUGAUUUAUAUGCACUCGGGGAAUACCGAACUUGCCAGGAUCUAUUUGGAGGAGUUUAUUGUGGUGUAGGAGAGGAGAAUGAUCGUCACUGGGGUUUAGUCGAGGCGAGGGGGAGUUGGAGAUCCAGGGGAAUUUUGGGUUGAAGACACUUGUUGGUGAUCAUUUUUUUCAUGCGGAAUUUGAGAGGAGGUGAUAUUGAAAAGAAGUUUUCUGUGACAUAUUUUUCAUUUGUUGGCUCGAGGUAGAGAGCGAGGGAUAAUUGUCCUGAUAACGCCAAAAUGAAUAGUUCUAAGUUUCUCAUUUUUUACUUGACGACAGUGUGAAAUACUUUGUAAGAAAAUGGGUUGAAAAUA